AGCAACAGAGCCGCGCAGAAGCUGCGCAGCACCGCCCCCCAGCGCCACUGCAGAGCUUCCGCUUCACACCCACGGCAGCCUGAUGGGAUGCUGGCGGAAUGUUUGAGGCGGGUUCUUCUGGGAGAUCCAGGUGUUGGGACAACGUCCAGAAGCUAUUAGAGCUUAUCACUGCAGUAUUACAACACAUCAGCAUUACCUGAGGCUGAGCCAUUUUGGACGCAGAGGUCGACGGGCACACGCUGCAGCGCGGCUCUCUCUCUCACUCGGUCUCUCUCUCUCGCUCUGCUUCUGAGUGUGGAAGACGGAAGUUGCUGGAUGGCAUCUCUUUCCCAGAAGUUCACAAUGAAGACCGCCGUUUUUAUGCUCCUGCUCGCAGUCUUCACCUGUGGACUCGCGCAGGUAGAAGACGCUGAUGAGCCCGAGGAGCUGCAGGUGGAGACCUUGGUGAAACCCGAAACUUGCUCCAUACUUUCCAGAAUGGGAGACACACUGCAGAUCCACUACACGGGUAAGCUGAUGGAUGGAAAGGUGAUUGACUCAUCUCUAUCCCGGGACCCUCUUGUUGUUGAGCUGGGCAAGAGGACAGUUAUUGCUGGUCUGGAGCAAAGCUUGGUUGGUGUCUGUGAAGGGCAGAAAAUCAAAGCCACUAUUCCCUCUCACCUUGCAUAUGGAAAGAAAGGUUACCCUCCAACAAUUCCAGGUAAUGCUGCUCUCGAGUUUGAGGUGGAGGUGAUUUCUCUGUCACAGCAGACGCAGUGGCAGAAGAUGGUCAACGAUGUUUUCCCCCUGGUGUGUUUGGCCUUGGUGCCCACUCUGCUUGGCUUGGUUGGACUUUACCUUUACAAAAAGGCCAGUGCCCAGAAGCCUAGCAAAAAGAAGGCCAAGGAUAAGAAGAGCAAGAAGAAAUAAGGACAAGUCACUGAACUAUUUAAAUAAAACAUUUUUUUAAUUGAG